GACAGAAGCUUUGGAUUGGCUAGCGCGGCCACGCGGGUUGCUCCGGUGGCGCGAAUGCCCUUCAUUGUCUGCAGAACCGGAGAAGAAGAGUCGCCAUGGAUCUAGUAGCGGCGGGGGAGGCUGGGCAGGCGGCGGGCGCUGCGUCCAAACAGAUCCGUGACGAGGUGGCCGAGAAGUGUCAGAAGCUCUUCCAGGAUUUUCUCGAAGAAUUCCAGAACAGUGAUGGAGAAGUUAAAUACCUGCGUGAUGCAGAGGAGUUGAUCCGUCCAGAGAGAAACACGCUAAUUGUAAGCUUUGUGGAUUUGGAGCAGUUCAAUCAGCAGCUUGCUACCACAAUCCAAGAAGAGUUCUAUAGAGUCUAUCCUUUCUUGUGUCGGGCUAUAAAGACCUUUGCCAGAGACCAUGGAAAUGUUCCUCCCAACAAGGACUUCUAUGUUGCUUUCCAAGACCUACCUACCAGGCACAAAAUUAGGGAGCUGACAUCAGCUCGAAUCGGCUCCCUUAUGCGUAUUAGUGGGCAGGUAGUCCGUACUCACCCAGUUCACCCAGAGCUGGUAAGCGGAACCUUUCUGUGUUUGGAUUGCCAGACAGUCAUAAAAGAUGUGGAGCAGCAGUUCAAAUACACACAGCCCAACAUCUGCAGAAACCCAGUCUGUGCCAAUAGGAGGCGGUUCCUUCUGGACACCAACAAAUCUAGAUUUGUUGACUUUCAAAAGGUCCGUAUUCAGGAAACCCAGGCUGAACUGCCCCGAGGGAGCAUUCCUCGCAGCGUUGAGGUGAUCUUGCGUGCUGAAGCCGUAGAAUCGGCUCAGGCUGGUGACAAGUGUGACUUCACAGGCUCCCUCAUUGUUGUGCCUGAUGUAGCCCAGCUGUCCACACCAGGUGUGCGGGCAGAAACUGGCUCUCGUGUGGCGGGGAAAGAAGGUUAUGAGACAGAAGGCAUCAGAGGCCUCCGUGCGCUUGGAGUCAGAGAGUUAUCCUAUAAACUGGUCUUUUUAGCAUGUUAUGUUGCACCAACAAACCCAAGGUUUGGUGGCAAAGAGCUCCGAGACGAGGAGCAGACUGCAGAAAGCAUUAAAAACCAGAUGUCAGUAAAGGAGUGGGAAAAAGUGUUUGAAAUGAGCCAAGACAAAAAUCUUUAUCACAACCUUUGCACCAGCCUCUUUCCUACUAUACAUGGUAAUGAUGAAGUGAAGCGAGGGAUUCUGCUUAUGCUUUUUGGUGGAGUUCCAAAGACGACAGCUGAAGGCACUUCAUUGCGUGGGGACAUCAACGUCUGCAUUGUUGGUGACCCGAGUACUGCCAAGAGCCAAUUUCUUAAGCAUGUAGAGGAGUUCAGCCCCCGAGCUGUCUACACCAGUGGGAAAGCCUCCAGUGCGGCUGGCUUAACAGCUGCCGUUGUGAGAGAUGAAGAGUCCUAUGAAUUUGUCAUUGAAGCCGGAGCUCUUAUGCUGGCAGAUAAUGGAGUCUGUUGCAUUGAUGAAUUUGACAAAAUGGAAUUGAGGGAUCAAGUCGCCAUUCACGAAGCCAUGGAACAGCAGACUAUAUCCAUUACUAAAGCAGGAGUUAAGGCUACACUGAAUGCCAGAACUUCAAUUUUGGCAGCAGCAAACCCAAUUGGUGGACGCUACGAAAGAUCAAAAUCUCUGAAACAGAACAUAAACCUGUCGGCCCCCAUCAUGUCGAGAUUCGAUCUCUUCUUUAUUCUUGUGGAUGAAUGCAAUGAGGUUACGGAUUAUGCCAUUGCUCGGCGCAUUGUGGAUCUUCAUUCCAGGAUAGAAGAGUCAGUUGAGCGCAUUUAUUCACUCGAUGAUAUCAGAAGAUACCUUCUCUUUGCCAGGCAAUUCAAACCAAAGAUUUCUAAAGAAUCAGAAGAUUUUAUAGUUGAACAGUAUAAGCAUCUACGCCAGAGGGAUGGCUCUGGUGUUACCAAAUCGUCAUGGAGAAUCACCGUACGGCAGCUGGAAAGCAUGAUUCGGUUGUCGGAAGCAAUGGCCCGGAUGCAUUGCUGUGAUGAGGUUCAUCCAAAGCAUGUGAAGGAAGCCUUCAGAUUAUUGAACAAAUCUAUCAUCAGAGUUGAGACACCAGAUAUCAAUUUAGAGCAAGAUGAAGAACAAGCCCUUGAAGAGCCUGAAGCCCAGGAUGGAGCUGCUGGAGAGGGAGAAACCAUUCUUGAAAAUGGCUUGGUGAAUGGCAUCAAUAGCCAUGCAGAUGAUUCAAGCAAGGAUCCGGCACCCAAGGCUUCCCUCCGGCUUAGUUUCCUUGAAUACCGCAGAAUCUCUAACCUGAUUGUGAUGCACUUAAGGAAAGCUGAAGAAGAAGAUGACGAUACCUCUUUGAAAAGAAGUGAGCUUAUCAAUUGGUAUUUAAAGGAAAUUGAAUCAGAAAUAGAUUCUGAAGAAGAACUUAUUAAUAAAAAGAAGAUAAUAGAGAAAGUUAUCCAUCGCCUUACACACUAUGAUCACAUUCUAAUUGAGCUCACCCAGACUGGACUGAAAGAUUCACAAGAAGGAGAACACUUUGAUGAAGAUCCGUUUCUGGUAGUUAAUCCUAACUACUUGCUGGAAGAUUAAAGAUUAUGAAGCCAUGUCAUAGGAUCAACAUGUCAGUGUCCUAAUAGAGAAUCAGUGCUCACUGUCUGAUACACAUCUCCAUUGUACAUAGCUGGUUAAUCCCGAAGGACUUUGUCACAGAAUUUACCCACCUUGUCUUUUUAAUACCUUUUAUCUAGUUAAGAGUCAAUAUCACUUUCCAGUCAAGGAAGAACAACCUGAUAAGAGUGGUGUUUAGAAAUAAUCUAGCUUAUCUCUUAAUGCUGCUUUUGUAUUUUACUUACAUAAGAACAUUUUAUAUUAUGAGUCUUCAGUAUUUCCAAGAUCUUAUGUUGUAGAUUUUUUCCAGCCAAAUUAUUUGUGUUAAAUAAAGCCUUAUCUCUAUUCAUGUACAA